UCACUGGGUCCUGGCUGGCGAUUCUAUGCCAGCUGGAUUCCACCCAGCGAUCGACGAGCAACACUGACAGUGUGGAGAGACCUGAACAUGCAGCUUUGUAUUUCUCUGCAUAGCAGACAAAUACACAGCAGCAUGUUUCCUUAGUAAAACACACACAGCACAUGUUGUAAAAACACAACAGCACACAGUUAACCCUUUGAUCACCCCAGAUGUUAACUCCUUCCUGCCCAGUGUCAUUAGUACAGUGUCAGUGCUUUUUAUUAGCACUAAUCAUUAUAUUAGUGUCACUGGAGGUGUCAGUGGCAGCUAGUCAGUUCCCACCCAGUGUCAGAAUGCCUGCCGCAGUCCCCAUAUAA